UUACAGGAGGCUCUGUCGAACCUUUUCGACGACCCAAUCCAGCGUGGGAAACAAUUCCUCCGCAGUCAUGCCGGCGAACUUCAUUCAAUGGCCCAUUCUGGCGUCGUGUUGAAGGAGAACUUUGCGCAGUUGUUGAUUCUCGAACUUUCGAGUGAUAAAGGCCUUGUCUACCUGGACCCUCACCGGACAACGUGGAACUACUUUACCGGGACGCCGCUGCUCACGCAGGCCAAGUUCCCGGACGACGCGGACACAACAUCUCUGGCCCUUACUGUCCUGAAUGCAGACCCUGUGAUAGCAAACGAGGUGAUGGACGAGGUUCUGCGAUUCCGCGACACUGAUUGCAUUAUACAGGGACGUCCUACAUUCUUCAGCGAUUUCAAGAACAGAGUCGAUCCGGUGGUGUGCUGUAACUUGCUCGGUCUCUUCCUCGACUACGGGCGUGGCGAGGAAGUAGAGCAAACACUGUCCUGGGUGCAUCAAGUGCUGCAUCGGCGAGCCUACAUAAACGGCACAGCAUUCUACCCCAUGCCGGAAGCAUUCCUUGUUCUUCUUCGAGCGGCUAACCCGACGUCUCGUAAACAUGCCGCUCCUGCACACCGAUUUGCGCAAUCUCCUUCGUGAGCGAGUCAGGGAGCGCAUCGGCAUCCCCGUGGACGCCAUGAGCCUGGCAAUGCGGAUCAUAACGUGUCAGGCGGUUGGGAUCCACGACCACGACGGCGUGGCGGUCCUGCGGUCGAUGCAUCUCGAAGACGGCGGAUGGGAACUCGGCACCAUCUAUCACUACGCGUCUAAGAGACUCCGGAUCGGCAAUCGUGGACUUUCCACAGCGCUGUCCAUCCAGGCUAUCGAGGGCUUGAGAGACUG